AUUGCUAGACUAAAAGUACAGUAAAAUUGAAAAGAAUUUAUAUGAAAGAAAAAAGAAAUUAUAAUAUUCUCUCCGUGUAUAAAAUUGUACUGUUUAACAAAUUGCACGUAAAUUAUUUAUUUCAUAUCAAGCUGCAAUAACACGAGCUACGCUCGUAUUUUCGUUUCAACGAUUUUUUUCGAAAAUAUAAAAUGUUGUCGCGUCUAAAAAGCUGUCAUUUAUUUAUUUUACAUUAACCUGCGCGCGAGACAGUGUGGGCUACGCUUGUAUUUUUGUUUAAUCGAUCACGCACAAGAGCUCCUAUCGUUUCUACAGCAACCGAACUGUAGCCAUGGCUGACUUCUGUGCGAGUGUGUUUAAACGUAUAUUUUCGGUAGGCUAGUAAUUAUUGAGGAUUAGUUGGCAAAAUUUAAAAUAUCAUAUAGCGCCGGGUCCAAGUGACAGCGAUGAGGAUGAUCGACGACGCACCAUGCUGCUGCAAUGACGGAAAACUACGGGAUUGUCGUGACGAGAAACUAUCCGCGCUCGGUCCACGCACCGACGACGUUUAUCGCACCCACAAUCUUCCGUCUAGAUUCAUGUACCCGAGAUUGUUUAAGGGUUAUGGUCAGGAGAGCGGUCCUUCUCCUCACCCCUGCUACUGGAAAACCUCCAUGGAUUACGGCUGGUACACACCGACAAUUCAUACAGUGCCCACGACUUUUUAUCCGCGAAGCACUUCUUUCAGUGCCGAAUAUGGUCGCGCAGGAAUGCCCAGAAAUUGUUCCCUCAACACGGAACUUGACAAGUCAUUGUUCUAAUCUCCACGUCGCACAUUGUAACACGCUUCGGGAUGAUAACGAAUUGAUACAACACGCGAUCGAUCCCAGUACAUCGGAUGACGUCGUCGUUAAGCGUGCGCUUCUGGAUCUCUAUAGAAGUUUUAUUAGUUUAUAUCUGUAGCACAGAUCAUUCUGAAUAAAAAUGGGAAAAUGCAAGUUGAGCUCUUCCUAUUUUUCUUCGCGAUUGAUUAAAUGCCCGAAUUACCCAAACUAUUUCGUGUGUCAUGACAGUGUCAAAACAAGAUUGUAAAAAUAUAUCAAGUAAAGCUUUCUCUCAACUUAA